AUGGCGCGCAAAGGAGCCACAACCGGCCAAAGGAGGAUUUACAUGCCAAACAUGAGAGAUGAGGGAAAUCCAACCACAAUUCAAUCCAGGAGGGAUAGAAAAACAGUUCGGUCGAAGCAGAACUCAAUUGGCCCGAGUAAAAAAGGAGAUAUCACAUUCACAAUCACUCUCUCGGCCAGAAUCGACGAACCAAGCGACAAUGCUCGACCAUCUCCCAAACGGCACGACCGAAACGAAGGAAGCUCAAUACGGCCGACGGCGAUGCAUAGAAUGGCCGACGAACUCAAAACCUCAAGAAGGCGCGAACACCGGUGGAAACUGAUCCUCUGGAGUCCAAAAAACACCAAGGAAGAAGAAAGGAAGGAGACGAUCGAACAGAUUAAGAGAUGGCCAAAGGAAUCACAUCCCGAAGCCAUUGGCGCGCACAACGAAAGAUCUCCGAAUCCACACGUUCAAAUCGCCUCAAACUUCACAAGGAGCCACAAAACAUAA